AUGGCACAACACCCAAAACAGAGAAAACCCAUAAAACAUUCUCGAUUUCCAUCAACUUCUGUGCAAGAUUCAAGCUUUAAAAUCCCUAUUUUGCCAGCAGAACUCAUCACUGAAAUCCUGUUAAGGCUUCCCGAGGACUCUCUAUUGCGGUUCAGAUGUGUUUCAAAAUCUUGGCUUGCUUUAAUAUCUAGCCCUGAAUUUGUCAAAGCCCAUCUCUACAUAUCUGCUAAUAACAAGGACGACACCCACCGUAGACUUAUGAUGAAUUUUGAAUCUAUUACAAUAUUAAAGAUUGCUCUUGGGUCAUUAUUUAAUGAGUCUGUUAUCGAGGCUUUUGACUUGGAUUAUCCCACGAAAUCCAAUGGAUCAUACAUGAGAUUGCCUAAUUUCGAUUGGAUCGUAGGUUCAGUUAAUGGAUUGAUUUGCCUUGCCAUGGAAGACAAUGACUUGGUUAUGUGGAAUCCAUCGAUUAGAAUGUACAAAAAAUUGCCUGAUUCUAGACCUAGACUGAAGGAAGGAUGA